AUGAGAGGGGAUUCGAUGGACCACCUAGAUCCCGCCUCGAGGCGGAGGCUUCAGAAUCGUCUCAAUCAACGCGCCAGUCGUAAGAGAAAACAGGCAGAGAAGCAAAAGCAAAAUCGUGGGAACCGUUGGAUAAUCUACACCAAUGAUGCCAACGCCUCUCCCGACACAGAAGAUCGCACCACAAGGACGCCAGAACCGAGUCCAACGCCUAUCGUCUCACCAAGAAGCCAAGAUCAAAUGAGCGUUUUUGCCUGUGGCACGUCUCGGCUAUCGCCAUCACAGUUAUUUGACCAAUUAAAGAAACAACUGCUAGAUGCGGCUGGCAAAAUACCGCCUUGCCCCAGUCUGAUCCAUUCUGUGACACAGUUCAAUAUUAUACGAGCAAUGUGCGACAAUGCAGCCAUCAUGGAGCUCACGAUGGAUGUAUUGUGUGAAGAUAUCGCAUCAAUAUUCAACAUUGCCGGUCCCAUCACUUUUGAUUUACCGCCCAGCUUACAACCAAGCUCGACACAAAAGCAAGCCAUCCAUCAUCCGUGGAUUGACCUACUCCCCGUUCGUUCAUUUCGAGAUGUUUUGAUAGGGAGAAUGGCUGAAUAUGACGACGAGGAACUUUGUGGAGAUCUUUAUGGCCUGAGUACAACUUCGGGAAAUGUUGGGCUGCUUGUUUGGGGCGAGGCGUGGGACCCUUUGGCUUAUGAACUAUCAGAGGAAGUGGUCCGGAAAUGGAGCUGGAUUUUGAAGGAUUCUCCCGAACUUCUUACCUCGACAAACUAUUGGAGGAGGAAACGAGGGGAGAAGCGAUUGAGAUUCUUCGAUUCGCAAGAGCACUAUAUCCACGAGAUUGAAUGA